ACGAGUGGUUUCACUCCUGAAUCACUUUGUGUCUUCAGCUCCCAGUUCCACUCCUCCGUCUCCUGCCACCUCCUGCCGCCUCCACCGUGUCAGCCAUGCUUCAGGCCUGGAGUGUGUGUGUCCUCCUCCUGCUCCGGGCGAGCCUCUCUGCUGCAGACAAGAUGACAGCAGCCACCAUGUACUGGGAUCCGCUCCAGAAGAGCGUCCUGCUGAAGGAGGGGGUUCUGGAGCUGGAGGGGGACGCGUACGGUUACCUGAACAACACCCUGUCCACGACAGGCUGGAGCGUCCUGGAGAUCCGGGCCGGCUACGGAAAAACCCCCGAGACGGACGAGGUCACCUUCUUCCUGGCCGGAUACCUCGAAGGCUUCCUCACCGCCCAGCAGAUGAUGGACAACUACAUCAACAUGUACCCGCAGCUGAUCCACGACCCGGAGAUCAUCGGCCCGGUUCAGAGUUUCAUGGAGAAGCAGGACUCGUGGGUCAGGGAGCAGGUGAAGUCCAACAAGAGCUCGGAUCCUCUGUGGAGACACGCAGGCUUCAUCGUGGCCCAGAUGGACGGACUCCAAGCCGGAGCCAGAGACUGGGCCAAGAAACAAGGGAAGAAGCCACUGUCCCUGUUCGCCGUCCAGUUCCUGAACGCGGUGGGAGACCUGCUGGAUCUGAUCCCGGCUCUGGUCCCCGGCUCCCGACUCAGAGACUUUAAAAUGCCGGGGAUGGGACAUUGCUCUGCGCUCAUCAAGAUGCUGCCCGGCUUCGAGAACCUCCUGUUCGCCCACUCCAGCUGGUACACGUACGCUGCCACCAUGCGCAUCUACAAACACUGGGACUUCCACGUCGCUGAUCCCAACACGGCCACUGGGAAACUGUCGUUCAGCAGCUACCCGGGUUUCCUGGUGUCUCUGGAUGACUUUUAUCUCCUGGGCAGUGGUCUGAUGAUGACCCAGACCACCAACAAUGUCUUCAACUCCUCCCUGUUUGACUCGGUGUCCCCACACAGUCUGCUGGCGUGGCAGAGGGUCCGGCUGGCUCACAGUCUGGCUCACACCGGAGAGGAGUGGGCCCAGAUCUUCUCCAGGUACAACUCAGGAACCUACAACAACCAGUACAUGGUGUUGGACAGGAGCAAAGUGAAGCUGGGCCACAGUGUGGAGGACGGUGCUCUGACGGUGGUGGAGCAGAUCCCCGGCCUGGUGGAGUUCUCCGACCAGACGCAGGCUCUGCGCAGAGGUUACUGGCCGUCCUACAACGUGCCUUUCCACGAGAAGAUCUACCUGCUGAGUGGCUACGGUGAAAUGUGGAAGGCGCAUGGAGACGACUUCUCCUACGAUCUCUGUCCCAGGGCCAAGAUCUUCCGCCGGGACCAGGCCGACGUCAAGGACCUUGACUCCCUGAAGCACAUCAUGAGGUUCAACGACUACAAGAAGGAUCCAUACUCCAAAGGCGACCCCUGCAAGUCCAUCUGCUGCCGUAACGACUUGAGGUCGGAGAAGCCUUCACCAGGAGGUUGCUACGACACCAAGGUGACAGAUUUCCAGAUGGCCGAGGACUUCCGGGCGGAGGCGGUGAACGGGCCGACCACGCAGGGCGGACUCCCGCCGUUCAUUUGGGACAAGUUCAGCAGCAUCAGCCACCAAGGUCUGCCGCAGUUCUACAACUUCACCUUCGUCAGAAUGCAGCCUCUGCUCUUUCAACCGUGAGGUGUGAGUGUGUGAGUUUCUGUGUGUGUGUGUGUGUGUGUGUGUGCUUUCUAAAGGUCUUUUGUGAUUCAUAUAUCUGCUGCUGCUGCUAAAACAUCAGAUCGACGUCCCACCCGCUUGUUUUCACUGUAAUAAAUACAUUCAUACACAACUUCCCUCCGCCUGAUAAAAUGCUUUCGAUCUGUUAAACUGCCAUUUCGAUCAGAUUUCUCAGGUUAUGAUGAAUGAUUUGAAAAACAGUAGAAAUCAGUGUUGUUUUUGUUCCUGCUGCCAUUUGUGCGUUGAUCAAUGAGUCGCUUUGUGAGUUUUAUGAAAUGCAUCAAUGCAUAUUAGUCAUGUCUUCCUUUUUCUAAGGGCGUCCACGUGUGAAACACUAUCGAGUGAAUAAAGACGAUCAGUCAAACUCAGGGAAGUUGAUCUUUUCUGCUGAACGAUUUAAGAGCCUCUAAUUUUCUACCCUAUAUUUCAGGUUUGUAUUUUUGUAUCAUCUUGUGUGAAAUGAUGCACAUUUUUUUCAUGCUAUGAUUUCAUCUGUUUAUAUGUUUAAUAAAGUUGAA